AUGUCUACCACUAGCUUUACUCCGGAGCCAGUAGGCACAGUUCCUAGUCCUAGAGUUCUUUUUGACUACAGGCCAAAGAAGGAAAGGAACGUGCACCAGACAAUCAUUGGAGUAAAAUGGUACUCUGCUCCAGUCAAUCACCUCACACCUGGCCGACAGGCACCAGCUUCCAAGCCCCUAGAGGAGCAUAUCGCACAGAGCUGCAGUUUGUUCUUGGACGCUUGCAUUGCAACUGCCAGAGCUGAGUUCCAGAGUCAUCUGGUCAGUCAUGGAGACAAACUUCAGCAGCUAAACGAUGACCUCAAGCAGCGCAUCAAUGAUCUGAACAGUAAACUGGAAGAGCACAAGGAGGUCACUUCGAGCCCACAGGAACACAGCACUGCACUUAAGCAGGGGCUCGUGGGUGAGCGCAAACUCACGGUGCAGCGGGCCAAGGAGCUGAAUGCGCGCACUGAGAUGCUCUGGCCAAGUGGAGUUCCAUGCAGGGCGAGCUGGCCACAAUGCGCAAUUAAACGGGAACCGAAGGUGGCAGCGGGCUGCAAAGGGGUGGAUACAGCAACUGGCGCCUCUGUCCCCAAGCGGCCCCAAGUGCAACCCGAGGCAACCAGCAGCGCCUGCAGACACAUCGACCACGGUGCUCUGAUCGUCGAUGGACUGCCAGCAGAUUGGGUACAUGAUGAGGUGAUUCAGAAACUGCAACGGCGAGUACAGCAGCUGACGGGGCUGAAGGUCGUGUUCAAGGACUGCACUGUUGAGGCACACCAGAGCAUCACCGUGUGCAACAGUAGGCGAACGACUCAAAAUGGGUCCACCUCACGACAACUCCGGCAUCGUAUCGAGCCCUAUAAGGGAUACAGAAGCAGCUGGGCCUGGAUGCUGAGGGUGAUGUUGGUGCUUAUGGCCAGUAGUGAAUCGUACAGGAGGGACUACCAAGAUGUUUUCUGGCACUUGGCCGGCAUCGAGCGGGCACCGUCAUGGUGGGACACACACUUAAUGGUGCUCACUGAGCCAGGCAGCGGCAUCUGGGAGAAGGUAGACACUAGCAACUUGGUCGCAGAGCUGAGGCAGCGGAACCCAACGAAUGAGUAG